UUCCGCUGGCACCCUGAGAACCAGAAACCAAAGUUGAGAGAGAGAGAGAGAGAGCAGCGAGUAGAAAGCUUGAGAUUCAUUAUUCUGCCAUACAGAGAGGGAGAGAGAGAGAUUGCGAGAUGGGUGGUUGGGCAAUAGCAGUGCAUGGAGGCGCUGGUGUGGACCCAAACCUCCCACAAGAGCGUCAAGAGCAAGCCAAGCAACUUCUCACCCGCUGCCUUAAUCUAGGCAUAUCUGCUCUUCGCUCCUCGCUUCCUGCCAUUGAUGUCGUCGAACUCGUGGUGAGGGAAUUGGAAACUGAUCCGCUGUUUAACUCUGGGCGGGGAUCGGCAUUGACGGAGAAAGGAACGGUAGAAAUGGAAGCGAGCAUCAUGGAUGGGCCCAGGAGAAGAUGUGGAGCGGUUUCGGGGUUGACGACGGUAAAGAAUCCGGUAUCACUGGCACGCCUCGUCAUGGACAAGUCUCCUCAUUCAUAUCUUGCCUUCUCUGGCGCUGAGGAGUUCGCAAGGCAGCAGGGUGUGGAACUAGUGGAAAACGAAUAUUUCAUUACGGAGGAUAACGUGGGGAUGCUAAAGCUGGCGAAAGAGGCGAAUAAGAUCGUGUUCGACUACAGGAUCCCGGCCUUAGGUCUUGAAACGUGUAGUGCGGGUGCUGGAAUGGUGGAGAGUGCAUUGCAAAUGAAUGGACUCCCAAUCAGCAUAUACGCACCGGAGACAGUAGGCUGUGUGGUGGUGGACAGCCAGGGGCGAUGUGCAGCUGCCACCUCCACGGGUGGUCUCAUGAACAAAAUGAGUGGGCGAAUAGGUGAUUCCCCCUUGAUAGGCGCAGGUACGUACGCUUGCGACCUCUGCGCGGUGUCGUGCACUGGAGAAGGCGAGGCCAUCAUUCGUGGGACUCUGGCCAGAGAUGUGGCGGCAGUCAUGGAAUACAAGGGACUGCAACUCCAGGAUGCCGUGGAUUAUGUGAUAAAGAAGAGGUUGGAUGAGGGGAAAGCUGGUAUGAUCGCGGUGUCCAGUAAUGGGGAGGUGGCUUAUGGAUUCAACACCACUGGAAUGUUUAGGGGUUGUGCCACUGAGGACGGGUUUAUGGAGGUGGGCAUUUGGGAGUAGAUUGUAUUUUCGUUCUACUUUCUACAUGUUGGUCAUUUCUACUUUCAACUGCUAUGUAAACUUCCCGACCAAAAUUAAUUUAUGCCGGAAAAUCCAAAAUUUAUAUAUAUCAAUGUGUGUUUGGACU